CGUCUUCCGGCAGGAGCUGGGUUGCUCCUUAUCAUGGGGACAAUUCAUCUUUUUCGAAAACCACAAAGGUCUUUUUUUGGCAAGUUAUUACAGGAAUUUAGACUUGUAGCUGCUGACCGAAGGUCCUGGAAGAUCUUGCUCUUUGGUGCAAUAAACUUAAUAUGUACUGGCUUUCUGCUUAUGUGGUGCAGUUCUACCAACAGCAUAGCUUUAACUGCCUAUACCUACCUGACCAUUUUUGAUCUUUUUAGUUUAAUGACAUGUCUAAUAAGUUAUUGGGUAAUGAUGAGGAAACCUAGCCCUGUCUACUCAUUUGGAUUUGAAAGAUUAGAAGUCCUGGCUGUAUUUGCCUCCACAGUUUUGGCACAGUUGGGAGCCCUCUUUAUCUUAAAAGAAAGUGCAGAACGCUUUUUGGAGCAGCCUGAGAUACACACGGGAAGAUUAUUAGUUGGUACAUUUGUGGCCCUUUCUUUCAACCUGUUUACGAUGCUUUCUAUUCGGAAUAAACCUUUUGCUUAUGUCUCUGAAGCUGCUAGUACGAGUUGGCUUCAAGAGCAUGUUGCAGAUCUUAGUCGAAGCUUAUGUGGAAUUAUUCCAGGACUUAGCAGUAUCUUCCUUCCCCGAAUGAAUCCAUUUGUUUUGAUUGAUCUUGCUGGAGCAUUUGCUCUUUGUAUUACAUAUAUGCUAAUUGAAAUUAAUAAUUACUUUGCUGUAGACACCGCCUCUGCCAUAGCCAUUGCUCUGAUGACAUUUGGCACGAUGUAUCCCAUGAGUGUGUACAGUGGAAAAGUAUUACUCCAGACAACACCACCUCAUGUUAUUGGUCAGUUGGAUAAACUAAUCAGAGAGGUAUCUACCUUGGAUGGAGUUUUGGAAGUCCGAAACGAGCAUUUUUGGACCCUAGGUUUUGGCUCAUUGUCUCUGAGGGUACAGCUUACAAUUACAUACAUCAGCUACCGAAAAGGUCCAAAAUUCCAAGCAUCUGAUUUAGCAGAUUUAGCUGCUUAA